AUGAAUGAUUUAUUAGAAUCAUUAGAAUUAAAUAAUUUAGACUUGACAACAACAACUCCAUCAGCAUUUAAUUUUUCAUCAGAUAUUGAAAUAAUUAUACAUCCAGAAACUCAAAAAACAGAUGAUAUUGAAACUCCAUAUCAAGCACUUGAUGAAGAAUUAAUGUCAAAGUCACCAAUUAAAUCAAAUAUUAACAUUGAUUUUUCAUCAUCAAACAAAUCCAAAAGUACUUCAAGUUUACAAAAUCUUUUUGAAUUUUCAUUAUCAUCAUCAUCAGACACAAACGAUCCAACAACUAUUCCAAUACCAAUAGUUUACAAUGCUCAAGAUGAUUAUAUUAUUCCAAGAUCAAAUAUUGGGCUUAAUUCAUUAGUUACAGAAUUUACAACUUCAUUUCCUAAAAGAAAUCUUUUAGAUGAAAUUCAAGCAAUUUUUGAUGCUGAAACAACUAUUCCAGUUACUGAUACUACAACUGCAACAAAUUUAAAUAAUGAUCCUUCUACAACAUCUAAAUUUUCACCAAUAUCAUCAGAAGAUAAUUCCUUUAAUAUAGAAAUUUUUGAAAUGGAUUCAACAGAAUAUAUUUAUUCAACAGAAGAAUCAACAAAUAUUGAGUUAGAUUCACCUUUUAAUUAUAUAAGUUCAAAGUCUUUAACUCCAUUAAAUGAAAUUCAAUCACAAUCAAUAUUUGAAGAAAUUACACCAAUUGAAGAAAAUUCAAUUACUCAAUCAGAUUCACAAUCUAAUUCUGAAGAAAUCAUUCCAAUUGAAGAAGAUUCAAUUACUCAAUUAGGAUCACCUAUUUCAUCAGCUAUCCCUAGUGCAAAUUUAAAUACUCCAAUUGAAGAUUCAAUAACUGAAGUAGGAUCACCUAUAUCAUUAUCACCUCCUAUUGAAUACUCGGCUACCCCAAUUGAAGAAGAUUCAAUAACUCAAUCAGGAUCACCUAAUUCAUCAUCAACUCCUAUUGAAAACUCCACUAUUCCAAUUGAACAAAUGAAUUUUGAUGAAUUUAAAUUUGAAGUAUUAAAAAGAUUUUCAGAAAGAUCACUUGAAAUUACUAAAGUAGCAGAAUCAGAUUUAGAUAAAAAUGAUUCAUAUGCAGAAAAUGAUGAUAAUUAUUAUGAUUUGCUUCAAGAAUUAGAUCUUUUAAAGGGUUUAAAUUUUUUAAAAAAACGUAAAUUUAAAUGUCCAAUAAUUGAAUGUCCUAUAAAUUAUAUUGGUGUAAAAAAAUUAAAUGAUUUAAGACAUCAUAUUCAACAUCAACAUCUUGUAAAUAAUGUUGUCUCAGAUGAAUUAGAAGAAAAAUAUGGUGAUUUAUUAAGAAAUGAAUUAUUUGUUUGUGAUUGUGGUAAAGCUUUUUAUAGAUCAGAUUCAAUGAAAAGACAUGUUAAAAUGAUUCAUUCUUUAAAAUCUCGUGGUAGAGGUAAAAGAAAAUUAAAUGAUAAUGAUGAUGAUGUUAUUCAUAAAAAUGAUGGAAAAAAGAGAAAAUUUUAA